AUGCCUUCGCAUACCCCCCACCUGGACCCCACCUGGACCCCAGCCAGUUCAGAGUUAUUAAAUUCAGACUUUCCUCUGUCCAAAAAUGCAAGCUCUGAUUCUUUGGAUUCGGACUCAAAAUCGAGUUCAUUGAAUUCCAAACACGGACAAGACUCCUCACAACUGUUAGGGGAUAUCCAGUUAUUAGAUGGAGAAAAGGUGAUGGGUGUGGCCAGAGAUGUGACUUACCUUUGUCCAUAUAGUGGACCGUCUCGAGGAGUUCUUAAAGUCACAAACUAUCAGCUCCACUUUCGUCCAACAGAAGCUACUGCUUUACAGACAAUAUUAAGUGUUCCUCUUGGUGUAGUAUCACGCAUAGAAAAAGUGGGUGGAGCUUCAUCAAAAGGGGAAAAUUCAUAUGGCAUUGAAGUUUUUUGCAAGGACAUGCGCAAUCUACGUUUUGCACAUAAACAAGAAAACCAUUCAAGAAGGGGUAUAUUUGAAAAGUUACAGCAACUAGCAUUUCCACUAUCACACAGAUUACCAUUGUUUGCAUUCAGUUACUCAGAAAGUUCUCCUGAAGACGGGUGGCAUGUUUAUGAACCUGUAGCGGAGCUGAGAAGAAUGGGCGUGAACAACGACAUGUGGCGCAUAACUCGUAUCAACGACAAGUACGAGAUUUGCGACAGCUACCCGUCGGUGUGGGCGGUGCCGGCGGCCGCCAACGACGAGCUGCUGAGGUCCGUGGCGGCGUUCCGAUCCAGGGGUCGCAUACCGGUGCUCGCCUGGAUCCACCCCACAUCGCAGGCGACUAUCACCCGCUGCAGCCAGCCGUUGGUCGGGGUGAGCGGCAAACGCAGUCGCGAGGACGAGCGCUACAUCCAGCUGAUAAUGGACGCCAACGCGCAAGCGCACAAACUUUUCAUAAUGGACGCGCGGCCCAGCGCCAACGCAAUCGCGAAUAAGGCUAAGGGGGGCGGCUACGAAUCGGAAGACGCCUACCAGAACGCCGAGCUGGUGUUCUUGGACAUACACAACAUUCACGUGAUGAGGGAGAGCCUGCGUAAGCUGAAGGAGGUUUGCUUCCCACAGAUCGACCAAACUAGAUGGUACAGUGGUAUAGAAGCGAGUUGUUGGUUGAAGCACAUCAAAUGCAUAUUGGCAGGAGCUGUGCGCAUUGUUGAUAAGGUGGAGAACCACAAGACGUCGGUGCUGGUGCACUGCUCGGACGGCUGGGACCGCACCGCUCAGCUGACGGCCCUGGCCAUGCUGAUGCUGGACCCCUACUACCGCACGCUGCGAGGCUUCCAAGUGCUCAUCGAGAAGGAGUGGCUCUCCUUCGGCCACAAGUUCCAAUUGCGGAUCGGGCACGGCGACGAGCGGCACUCGGACGCGGACCGCUCGCCGGUGUUCGUGCAGUGGGUGGACUGCGUGUGGCAGCUGCAGCAGCAGUUCCCCACCGCCUUCGAGUUCACCGAGCGGCUGCUGCUCACCGUCGUGGACCAUCUCUACUCGUGCCGCUUCGGAACAUUCCUGUUCAACACCGAACGGGAGCGGGCGAAGGAAGAAGUGAAAACGAAGACAGUGUCAUUAUGGUCGUACAUAAACAGCCGUCAGGAUUUGUAUCUCAAUCCGCUGUACUGGGGACCUUCUUCAUUUGGCGCAACCACGCCCACCUCUCCUUACUCGCGGCCGCAAGUCGUCCUCGUGCCUGUUGCAUCGCUGAGGAUAAUAAAGCUUUGGAAAGCGUUGUACUGCAGAUGGAACCCUACUAUGCGCCAACAAGAUCCGAUAUACCAGCGCACACGAGAGCUGGUGGCUCUACGCGCUCAGCUAGAAGCGGCUGCGGCGGCGGCGGCCGGUGACCACGCCGCGCGUCACCACCGCCUCGCCCUGACACCGCCGCGCGUUGCCAGCCCGCACCACGUG